AUGAGUUCUGAAGUGCAUGAUUAAAUAAGAGACAAAUUUUCAGAAGUGUUUAGUAGAGAGUCUUCUAUUAAUCAAUCUCAUCCCUUUGAAGCAUUUGCUAUUUUAUUUACUUUAGUAAUUUGGCCUUUGAUGGAGACUCAAUAACACAAAGAGGUUCAUUUGACAAUCAGAGUGUUAUUUUUAUCAUCUUUAAUGGGAAUUUUAAGAAAAUCAAAGAAAAGAAUAAAAAUAAAUGGUAAUGUUGUGAUGUACUUGGGCAUUUUUAUACAAACAAUAAGCGGUAUUUUAUUUUUGUAUGAAAAACAAAGGUAAAUAUGUAUUUUAUUAUUAUCUAAAGCAAUGAACAUUGUCAAAACUAUUUAAUAACAGUAGCAUUCUUAUUAUUUACUUGUAAUAGAUUUUCAAUAACCAAUAUACGUAUAAUUUCUUAUUCAAUUUCACUCAUUUCCUUAAUAAUAUAAGUACUAUUAUAGAGUCAAAUCUAUAUCAUAUUUAAGUAUUGUACUAUUGCAAUAAUUGGAAUUGAAGGUUCAAUUUGGAGGAUGAAUUAUUGCAAGUAAGAACAAAAUAAAAAAUUACAUGAUUUUGGAAGAGAAUUAGAAUUUAUGAAAAGUGAUUACAUAGACUAAAUUAAUAAAAUAAAUGAAAAGAUAGAAACUCCAAUAUAAGAAUAAAUUUCAUCAAGAGCUAAUGAUUUAUUAAGAAAACUUAGAUUAUUAAAAUACCAGUAAUUAUUAAUUAAAAGUAAUAAUAUUCAGAGAGGAAUAACAAGAAAACCAAAUAAAUUAAACUCAGAAAUUCAUAAAAAUUCAUUCUCAGCUAGAUAAUUACCUGAUAAACAUGAUGAUGAUCAUAGUUCAAUCUAAGAGAAUUUGAAUGAAAAUAUUGAUAAUUUAAAUCAUAAUAAUACUAAUAAUCAUCCACCAUUAUUUAUAAGAAAAUCAUAAAGAAUAAUGACAAGUGCAACAGAUUAAUUAUAAUAUAGAAAUAUAGAAAAUUCUCAUAGUGCAUCAUUUUCAGAAAAACCUUAAGAAGAAGUAUAAAUAACAAUUGAAGAUAUAGAUGAUUUAUUGAAUUUAUUAUCAAGUAAAAAAGAAACUAUCUGGCUUCCUAAAUUCCUAAGAAGUAAUCAUUUAAUAAAUGAAUAAGAAUGUUUUACAGUUGAUGCUAAAUAGUAAUAAAAAUUAGAUAAAUUAUAAUAGAUUUCUAUUGUCUCAUUUUACACAAAGAUAACCAUCAUUUUAAUUUAUUGAUAUAAUAGAUAAUACAGAUUCUGGAGAGGUUUUUGAUGAGAUUGAUUUUAAUGUUGAUUAUUUAUAAUUUUGGAAAUUAUAAGACAAUAAUUAAACUAGAGUAUUUAUUGAAACUACGAUUACUUUAUUUAAGAGAUUUAAAAUAGCAUAAACAUUAAAAAUUUAAAAAUAAGAUAUGAUUGGUGAUUUUGCACUUAAAUUGGAUAUGUAAUAUCACAAUAAUUUUUAUCAUAAUUCAUUACAUGCAUUAGAUGUAGCAAAUUCAACAGCCUUUUUUUUAAAGAAUGGUUUAGAUGAUUAAUUGGAUGAAUUUGAAUAUGCUUGUUUAAUUAUAUCUGCACUUGCACAUGAUUUAGGACAUCCAGGAUUAAAUAAUGGAUUUAUGACCAGUAAUAGAUGUAAAUUAGCUCUAUUAUGUAUAAUUUAAUAAUAAAAUAUAUAUAGACAAUGAUUCGAGUGUAUUAGAAAAUUAUCAUUCAUUCUUGUUGUUUUAAAUAUUACAAUAAGAAUAAUUUAAUUUAAUAUAAAAUGUUGGAUUAGCAGAAUAAAAAGGAUUUAGAAAAUAUUGUUUAAAUUUAAUUUUAGACACAGAUUUGACAAGACAUUUUUAAUUAAUGAAUAGAUUUUAGAAUUAUUUAGAUUUAUCAGAAUCAUAAUUAAGUGAUAAAACAUUGGUGAUGUCAAUUUGUAUAAAAUGUGCAGGUAUUAAUAAUAAUAAAUUAAGAUGUUGGUCAUGGUGCUAAAUAACUAAGAUUGCAUAAAUUAUGGAGUCGUAGAAUAAUUGAAGAAUUCUUUUUAUAAGGAGAUUUAGAAAAUUAUUUGAAAGUUCCAAUAUCUCCUAUGUGUGAUCGUAAAUAAAGUGUAGCAAAAUCUUAAGAAGGAUUUUUAAAAGCAAUUGUAUUACCAAUGUUUAAUGCAUUUGCUAAUUUAUUAUAAAAGUAUUUUUAAUGAUAUUUCAUAUUAAGUGAUAAGAUGAAUUAGAUAUGUUUGUAAUAGAUUUAUGAAAAUUUGUAAUAUUGGUAAUAAUAGAUAAAUGAUGAAGAGUUUAUGAAGGAGACUUAAGUAUUGGAACCAUAAGGAAUGGAGAAUUUAAAGAAAUUUUUGAAUUAACCUUUAUAAGUUAUUUUAUGAAUUGAAAUAGUAUAUAAUAUGUAUGU